UCGAACCCUACAAGCCGCAGUUAGUAUUCAAUCGUUCGACGGUGAGCAUGUUGUUGCGUUUUAUCGCGUUACCGGCGGCUCUCUUCUACCGGAAGUGAAGCCUGCUUUCACGCCGGCAUUUCGUGUCCUUUAAGCGCGUCGAAAUUCGUCGGUUCGAAAUAAAAAAAAAAAGAAAAAAAGAAAAAGUAGACGAACGGUGUUGCAGUACAGAUUCAAGAAGACGGAAGAGUGAUAUCGCGCGUUACUGUGUACAUGUGUUGCGUGUACGUGCGUGUAUGUGUAUGUGCGUACGUUUACAUAUGUAGUUCUCGCGGUGCUCCAAAUGUAAUUGACCUUCCUCGAGGGAGGCAAGUGUUACCUCGAGGGAAGAUAUAAGAAGAUCAAACGGUGCUGUGCCAAUCGGUGUUGUUCGUAAAAAAAAAAAAAAGAAAAAAAAAAGAAACUUUUCGCAAAAAUUUCAUAUCACACGUAACAUAUUUAUACGUUCUUCGUUUGAUAUCAAAUGGUUUGUGAGUGGUGAUCGACGUUUUUUUGAGUGAUGAGUGAAUUCAUCGAGUGAACAAGGAUUUAUCGUCGAUUUUUAUCAAAAAAACCGAGGAUUCGAGGUCUUCAGGAUGAUCGGAUUCUAUAUUCCGAAGACGUACGCCUAGUCAUCACAGUGGAGUUCUGCUUAAUCGCAGCCUCGGGAGGGGGUGGUUCGAUGUUGGUCCCUCCCGUGGCCCAAGGCGGGACGGGCGAUCGUCCCGUGGGUGACGCGGGUGGCAGGGCCCAGCAGUCGUCCGGCCCUGCCGGGACAGCAACCCUAUGGCCUCUUGCACCAGCGCAGCCCAAUCAAGUUCCAAAUCAACAGUCACAAGGAAUACCACCCUUGGCUGCGACCCCUGCACCGGCGCACAAUCAAGGUGUGAGCCGUUACGGGUUGUACUCGUUAUUUCCCGGGGGUGGCGGAGGUAGUUACGUCGCGGCCACUCCCGCCACCCCAGGGCCACCCACCCCCGCGCGCGCUUAUCACGCAACAACGCAUAAGGAACGAACAGUUUCAGAGAGCGUAUUCUCUGCUGCUGUUGGCGUUGGUGUUGGUGGAUACACCUGGGGUGCUCCCACGCCACCCCCUGGAUCACCCUACAGCCCUGUCCCUGUGACUCAGCUUGAACUACUCGCCAAGAAUUUGGCGAGUUUGGCGCCUCCUGGUCAACAGGCGUUGAGCCUUCAGGGUGUCGGUGUUAAUGUUGGCAGUCUUCAUCAUGCGCAGCAUACUCAGCAUACGCAGCACACCCUCAAUCUUGCUGGACUUCAUCAUCUGCACCAUGAAGGUCUACAUCAGAACACUUUCUCGCCCCAACUCUCCCUGGUGACCGGUAACGCUCCGACAUUGACGAUCAAUAGCUUUUCACCAAAUUCGACGGGUAACGUCGUGCCGACGACGGGGGUGUUGCUCCAGGAGUAUCAGUCACCGACAGGCUCGACAGCCACCGGUUGUUCCAUCGCAGUGAACGGUUCCUCAUGUCCAACGAGUUCGACGAGUAGCGCGAUGGUCGUCCAGGGUGGCAACCAGGUUGUCCAGACUGCCGCGAAGAAACGAGAAGCCUUCCUCUCGAGUCAAGGUCAACCGGUGAAACUGGAGAACAAGUCGACGAGGCAGCCCUGCGUUUGCAGGAACAGCAACGGUAAAACGAAAGUGGUUCAUUCGGAUGCAGGCUGUAGCAGGACGUUGCCCGUCGCAUCGUCCUGGAAUGGACAGGAUGCGAAUAAUGGCGUUAAUUCUAAUACGAACAAUAAUAGCCUCGUGAAGAGAGAACCUUUGGCCUCAGUGCCAUGUCAGGUUGCAGAGGUUUCGACCUCUCUUCAUGCCACCACUACCUCUGUUAAGAUCGAGCCGGUUCCUCCGAAAUCGGAAAAUGGUAUAGUGGUAUCGAAUGCGAACGCAGGUGGAAUACCAGUUGGAAUUGCAAUGGCAAGACAGAGAUCGCAACAUCAGGAAACCUCGGCGUCCAUGCGGAAUGUCUCCCUCAGUCAUCAUACGUCGCAUCAUGCAAGUUAUCAUCACUUUCAACCUGACAAUCUUGUCCCAUCGCUAGUUUGGGCCCUGUCGUCAGGUUCAUCGAGUACAGCCAUGACGGUAGGCGGCGCUACUCUCGUCCACUGUGGCGGAGGUGGUGGGGAAGAACGUCCGGCCCACCUCGCCAUUCCUUCGGGUGCUUUGGCGCCCUCGUUGAACGCGGCCCUCGGUUCGAGUCUCGGCCCGAAUCUCGGCCCGAGUCUUGGCUCCGGCCUGAAUUCCACCUUGAAUUCCAGCUUGAAUUCCACUCUCGGCAGUACCGCAACGGCCGCGGCCACUACCGCGUGGCCUCCCACGCUUUGGCAGUAUCCGGCCUCGGCCGCGGCCGCUGCCGCCGCUGCUGCCGCCGCAGCUGCAGCGAUGCCCAUGGAACCCGUAGGGUUCCCACAGAUGGGUGUCGGUGUGCAGGGAGGUUUGCAGUUGGUCAGAGAUCCAUCCAGCGGUCAUCUUCUUUUAAUUCACGCAGCCGAACAAAUGCAGCAGGCUGUGGUCUGGCCGAAUUAUCCAAAUCACAAUGGCGGAAACGUAGCACCCCCGUCCCUUUUGUUACCGCCGCCACCACCGUCCCUUCAACUUUUAAGCGACAUAGGCGGCGCUAGAUUGGUCCUUACCGAAAGCAAAAGAAAACAACAGAGCACUUUGCCAAUCGUCAAGAUCGAGGCGGAUUGUGGUACGAGUCCGACAACCAUAAUAAAAAACAUUACGAUAAUCUAUUAUUGCAAGAAAAAAAAUUCACGAGACCAGACAAUGACCACAACGACUGCAACGCAAUCUAAAUCAUCGUCGACGGAAUCGACGAAGGCAUUGCAGAGCGUGACAUCGGUGACGGGCACUCUAGUGCCAGAUGCACCGCUCGUAACGACUCUUCAUUACUACCCACAUGCACCGGCUUUGGUGCAGAUUAGUCAAACGGAGCCCACGCAUUGUAGGUCGCAGCAGCGAAAUGCAUUUAUUUCGAAGGCAACCUCGCCGGUAUCCUGUCUGACACCACCACCAGAAGUGACGACGAUCCAUGCGAUCGAGCCACCGCAAAUGACACCGAUGGUCGGCGUUCAGGAUGCUUCAAAUCAAACGGAAGCGCCAGAAGCCGAACAGGAACAGGAUAUGCCAAUGGAGACUCAGGUGAAACAGGAGCAAAAUCUUAGCCCGUGUCAGCUUCAAUGUGCUAGUACCGCGACGAAUCUUACGACGACUACGACUACUACAACGACGAAUUUGACGAAUCUAACGAAUUUCGAGAUCGUCGCGGCGACUCCAGAAAAGAUGUGCAAUGUCGUCAGGAUAACAACGACAACGACCACGGUCAAUCCUACCGUAUGCGGUAUAGUUGGCAAGGUCGAUAAAGCAGAGAAUACGAUCAUCAACAUGGCUGAUUGUCCAAAAUAUUCUAUCACAAGGGAAUGCAGAAGCGUCACGUCGAUCGAUAGAACGAUCGAACGUGUCGUAAGUCGUCAAGAUGAUUUGGAGCAGGACGAGGAAGAAGAUUCGAGGCACGAUCGUUCGACGAUCAACGAUGACGACGAUUGCUACGAUAAUGGCAGAUCACCGAUAUGCAGAGACGCAAGAACUGGUCCUAGAAUCAUCGAAAUCACCGAGGAAAACUGUGACAGUUUCCAUGAGAAUUUGGAGUUCUUUGGUACGCGACGGGAUCGUUCAACCGAUCGUCUUCGAGAUCGUCGACGAAGUUAUGCGAUCGAUAACACGCAAGAGCAACAUCAAAACCGUGAGGAGGAAAAGAAGAUCAUUGUAGAGGAGCCGAUGAUCGAUCGUAUCGCCGAAGAAUCGAGAGGUACAGUAAUACAUCAAGUUAUCGCCAAACUAUCACCGGAAACGUCUUGUUGCGAGUCACAAAGGAAAGAGGAAAUGUACCCGGAAUCAAAGGUGAUCGUCGAUUCGACGUCGAAUAACGGGCCGCAAUCAAUGACGACGACGACAACGACGACGACUACGUCGUCUCAGAAUAUACCCGAUUGCGAGAGCUGCGGGAAAAAUCGCGAUGUCCGUCCUCAAAUGGUUGUUCAACAAAAUCCAGAAGUGAAGCCGCAAAUCAGUGUGAAAUCUUUCGAUAUGCCUAACAUCGAUUGCGACGAUCAAGAAUUGGAAACUGUGGUUAUCAAGCAGGAAGCCGACGAUGGUUCCUUCGACGAACAAAAUUCAAAAUUUGAGAAUGUAUCGACAAUAGAGAAGCCAAAGGAUUCAAUGAAGAGACAUUCGGUUGAACGAUCUCAUCCAGGUAUCGAGAACGUUGUCGAGAAAUUGAAGAAAAAUGCGGCCGCCGCUAUGCAAGAAUCUUCCUGUCCAUUACAAAAGAUCGAUGAAUCUAAAGAACGUAACGUUGAUAAUUCGCGUUCUAGAAGACACUCGGAAACGAUGCCGAGAAAGUUGGAGAACGGUUUGAAGAAGCAUAUAUUGAGAUCCUGUGAAAAUGAAAAAUUGUUGAACGAGAAACGUGAGAAUAUCGAACGAUCCGAGAUCGAAGGAUCUUCGGAGAAAGAUUCUAGCAGUUUAGCUUAUUCGAGAGAAUAUUUACAUAACGACAAUAAUAACGACAGUAGGAGUAACAAUAACAAUAUCAAGAAUAUAAACGACAAGGAAUACGUCAUCAGGAAAAGGUUAGCAGUUGCCUGCGAGUCGAAGGUCAAGGACGAUGUAUCUGAGGUAAAUGCGAGUCCACCGAAAAAAAGUCGUUUAGAUAGAGCAUCGAAUGCCGAUGACGACACGGUUUUCUUAUCGGCCACCAUUGUCGACAAUCAAAGCACGAAAUUGAAAUUGGCCAUUUCGACGAAGCAAAAAUCGAACGUCGAUCUCAGCGGCUUAGAAUUGCUCUCGAAUAGUAUCGAACAGUUCGAGCAUUUGAAACCGGAGGCACAGAAUUGUUCGACUCCGGAUCUCGAGAAAUCGCCUAGCAGAGGGAAACUGAUCUCUCCUCAGGGUGAGAGCAAUAAUAAUAACGUCGAUAGUCCCCUCGGUUUGCUGUGUGCUCUGGCUGAGCAGAGAUUCAUGGAAGAGGUUGGAGACAAAGUGCCGAGAAAGCUCAAUCUCGAGAGUUCAGAAGAAAUAUCGAGAGCCGGUAGGCUGUUGUUAAAUCUUGGAAGGACGAGUUUGGAGAAGGAAAGAAAGAGAUUGGAUAAAAGAAAAAGUACGGAUGGAGACGAUGAGAAUUAUGAGAAAUCGAAGAGACUUAAAGCCGAUGUUGUAUACGAGACAACAGACGAUGGAAAGAAUUCAUCGAUACGUUAUUACGAGAAAUGUGGUAAAAGUAGAAGACACGGAGCUAGAUUUCAAGAAGACAUGGUAUUCAGAGUGAAAGAGAAACCAAACAGAAGUAUAGAUCUCGCUGAGGAAAAUGGUAUCGACGAUGAGGAAACUUCUUCGUUGGCGGAAAGAUUUGUACGAGAACGUGAACGCGUUCAAAAGUUCGAUAAGGAAAAUAACGAUUUGGAUUAUGAUAGAAAGAAGGAAACAUUGGAACGUUACGAUCAACAGUACGAUCGAUUUUGCGGAAAUGAUAGAUGUUAUCGUGAUGUAUCAAAGGAAGAUGCCUUGACAGAUUCCGAAACGGAAAACGACAAGACAGUUUGUUCUACUACGAGAUUAGAGGAGGAAGUAGAUGUAAAUACGCAAAAAAGACAAGAAUCCAUAGAUGAGAGAAAUAGGCAAGUAAAAUUGGAUGCAAAAGCGAAUGUUGGUAAAAAGUUACAUACGGAGGAAGAUGGGGAUUGGCCAAAUAUGGAUGCAAUGGAGUUGGAUAUGAGAGUGAGAUUGGCGGAUAUUCAAAGACAAUACAGAGAAAAGCAAAAGGAACUAUCGAGGUUGACGCCAAAGAAGGAGGACAAGAGAAGUCCAGGUAGACCGAGAAAGAAGAGCCAUUCAUCGAGUUCCGAACACGGUACUCUCUCUUCUCCUCCCAUUUUGGAACCAGCAGUCCCUUGUCAAAAGUCUCCGUCUCAUUCUCCUGACGGAGCUCCACCGCCAUUAACGUCAGCAGUCUUGGCCAUGCCAAGAUGUAACGUGAAUCUUGUGAAACUCGGUGAACCUCGAAGUCACAUUAAACUUUUGGAUAGUAUACCGAGUAUACCUAUACCAGUACCACCGGUUGCUUCGCCUAUCACGGUUUUACCAACGAGCAAGAUACAAUCAGAGGACGACGACAAGAGUACUGGAAGGAUGGAAUACGAUACAUCUUCGCCAGCACCAACCGUAGCAAGUUCUAGUUCAGCAUCAAAGAAACGUAAAGUUGGCCGCCCCAGAAAACUUAUGUGCACGUCAGGGAAUACAAGACACUUUACAGAAACUAUUGUUGCGAAAAAACCAAAAAGCAAAAGUUCCCUCGUGGGUUAUUUGUUGUCGCCGAAAAACAGGCAUCUUCAAACCAAGUACAUCGCCAAGUCGGGUUAUACUCCCCUACCCUUUAAAACCGGAAUGUUGUCCUUAAAAGCUUCCUCCAAGAAUCACAAAUCAGUCAAGGCGAAGAUGAAACCCGCGAAACAAACUCCGCUGCAUAAUAAAAAUGUCAUCAGUUCGAUUAUCGCGGAGAAGGCUAAACUAAGUCACGAAGUUAAGUUGGAUAAACACAGUAAUAAGGUAAGACCAAAACUGAAAGCCGAGGCAAAGGUAAAAACCUGGGAGGACGACGAGAGUACUGUCGUUGAAAAUAUAUCGUCGGAUACCAUGAGCCAGGAAAUUCUUGAGGAAAAAAAUGUUGAACAACCAGAGGAGGAAGAGAGGGAGGAGGAAGUCGAGAGAGAGAUGGAAAGGAAUAAGCACGAUAAAUCGAAGAAGAAGAAACAAAAGUCUAUCUCGUCGUCCCCGAGUCGACAUAAAUCGAGCGAUCGCGAUAAGAAGGAAUCUAAACGUCGAAAAUCGUCCGAUUGUAAAGAUUGUAAGGAAUGUGCGAAGGUUGCUAAAGCGGAAAGAACAGAAAGCAUUAUUAAUAGAUGUAAGCUAACGUCGGCUCACUUGGCCAUUGAUCAGUUAAGAGUUCUGACGGCUAUGGGUGGUCUCUUUUAUGCCGGAAGACUUAGCGCUGUUCAAGCUCCAGAUGUUUACGCUAUUACUCUUGAUGGCGAACGAGGGAAUAGACCUCAUAUUCAUUCAAGGGAAGAGAUUUUACGGGACGCGAUCGUAGAGGUAUGUCCAAGUUCAACGAAAGAAUUACCACCCGGUACGAGACUUUGUGCUUAUUGGAGCGAGCAAUACAGAUGUCUUUAUCCAGGAACAUCGGUCGAACCUACCGAACCAGAUCCCGAACUCGAUGAGAAAUUUGUCAGUGUUGAAUUCGAUGAUGGCGAUAGCGGUAGAAUAGCUUUGGAUGACAUCAGAUUACUUCAGCCUGAUUAUCCUGUUGUUGAAUACGAUCCAAAUCCUCUUUUAUCUUUGGGCAAACGUCGUCGACAGACCUCGGUUUCGAUAGAAGAUAAAAGAUCGUCCAUAAAUACUAUAUCUGGUACAACAUCGAAUAGUUUAACAUCUACGGUUUCUUCCACAACUUCCUCUCACAUUUCCUCUUUCGAUGGAGCCUCGAUAGAACGGCACAAAACGGAUGAUAUCAGUGCAAAGGCAUUGGAUGAUUAUCGUGAACGUAAGCGUUUGAAGAAGAGGAGAAAGGAUAAAUUGAAGAGACAGCACGAGGCUCAAGAAGGAAAGAAGAAACAUAAGAGGCACAAGGGUUGCGAAGAGCAUAGAAAGCACAAGCAUAGGAAACAUAGAAAGCAUAAGCAUAAACAUAGCCAUCAUUGCAAUCAUAGCGAAGGAAGUCAUAUAAGUAGCGGGGAAAGUUGUUGUGGUCAAAAAAGUGAAGAUGAACCAAAUAAAGAGACUCCGGCAAAGGUUGAAGAGGAAGAGGAAGAGGAAGAAGACGAGGAAGAGGAAGAAGAGGAAAGUGAAGAAAUGACUGUUUUGGAAGAAGAACCUGAACCAGUUCCCGAACCAAUUGAAGUUAUAGUAAGGGAGGAAAAGAUAGAAAAGCCGAAAAAAUCUGAUAAAAAAGGAAAAGUACGAGAGAGACAGGAGUCGGUGGAAAGUCGAAGUAAAAUGGCUGCAUUCUUGCCUGCGAGACAAUUAUGGGGAUGGGCUGGUAGGGGUUACAGGAGACCUGGUGCAAAAGGAAGAGCUAAGAAACAAUUUUUCCGAGCCAUUCAAAGGGGAAACGAAACUAUUCAGAUAGGUGAUAGUGCAGUUUUCCUUUCUACUGGUAGACCAGAUAGACCAUACAUAGGACGUAUAGAGUCUAUGUGGGAAACAUCAAGUUCUAAUAUGAUAGUUAAAGUUAAGUGGUUCUAUCAUCCUGAAGAAACAGUAGGAUGUCCAACCAAUCUAAAGUAUCCGGGUGCUCUAUUCGAAUCCCCUCAUAUGGAUGAAAAUGAUGUACAAACUAUUUCGCACAAAUGCGAAGUAUUACCGUUGGACGAAUAUACAGAAAAACUGGGAAAAGAACCUCAUAGAUAUCUUACCAUCUAUGAUAACAACGAUAUCUACUAUUUGGCCGGAUAUUACGAUCCGACGACGUACCUUCUAUCUAUGCAACCUGGGGUUGUUUGAGAACAGCUAAAGCUGACGAUUAAGUUGACUGGUGUCACUUAAUCGUAGUCAGCCACAAAUUUUGCGAAAUUCAAUUAUAAAUAGCUGUUGUUAAACACUUAACGCAGCUUUUAAACUUGUCGCUGUUGUAUAGCGAUAUGGAAGAAGAAGAAGAAGAAGAAGAAGAAAAAGAAGAAGAAGAAGAAGAAGAAGAAGAAGUAGAAGAAGAAGAAGAAAAAGAAGAAAAGGAAGAAGAAGAGAAGGAAGAAGAAGAAGAGAAAAAGAAAUAUGAUACAGAAACACUGGAUUUAGGAAUCAUGUUCCUAAUACAGAGGUCAUAAUGCAAUAAGGGAUAGAAAGCAAUUUAUUGUUUUUCAUUCUUAUUGUAUGUCUUCUUCAUGUGUUUAUUAAUGAAAAUGGUGUUGAACAGAGGUUAAAUUUAUCAUAUAAGAAUUUGCGCAAGAAGUCUGAAAUAGUCUGCUGUGCAGAAUCUUUUGCGAUAAAUCUUAUUCACUGACUUUGCGAAUUGGAUACCGUUGUCGCAGGUAUCCAAGAAAUUAUAAUAAUUUAAUGCAAGGCACAAGCGCAUUGUAUUUGAAAACAAUUUUUCCCGUAAUCUUUGCACAUUAAUAUUAGCAAGUUUUAUCACAAAAUAUUCACAAAGUGCACACUAUUUUGAGCACACCUUAACAUAUUACGACAAAUGAUUAACGAAUUGGUAUUAUUGAAUAGAAAUUCAUAGCUUCGUAUUAUUGCAAAAAAAAAAAAAAACAAAUGCAUUCAGAUCUUUCUUUAUAAUUUUAUCGAAAACCAAAAAACAAAAAAAAAAAAAGAGGAAAGAAAACAACAGAAAAAAUAAAGGAAGAAAAAUAAAGAAACUGCGAAGAAUUUAGUGAGAAAAAUUCUAUAAAAAUAAUGUUAAUUAAUCAGCUGAAUUUUAUGAUAGUAUACAUAUUGACUGCUAUUAAAAUAAUAUUAUUAUUUUCUUCAUUAUCUGUUAAUAAAAAUCAUUCCCUUAUUAUCUCAAAUAAUGAAUUCUCUUUGAAACUUAUACGUCGUCAAUCAGAAACUGUUUGAAGUUAAUGAAAAAUUUAUUAAUUCAAUGUAUUUUCUGAAAUGUUUUGUGAUAGUGCUUGCUUCAGAUAAAGAAUUAACGGAGGUAUAAUAGACGAACGAAAGACGACAUUGAAACCUACAUGUACGUAUAUUUAUUUCUUGAUAAUUCAAUUUUGUCUGUCAAGAGUAUAGAUAAUGCAUAUUUCAAAGAUAUAUUUGCAAAGAUGGUUAAUCCUUCUUUAGAUCGUUUUAAACGAUUCGAUUAAUAGACAAAAUUAAUCGAAAAACAUUUCCUAAACGUACGGUUGACAAAUUUAUAUACGUACAUAUGUGAUGUAUAUAGGUGUAUAUAAUAUACGUAUAUGCAUUCACACUAUAUUACAUAUUAUAUAUAUAUAUAUAUAUAUAUAUGUAUAUGUAUAUGUAUAUGUAUAUAUAUACCUGCUAUCUUAUAGAACAAAGUUGACCAAAGUGUAAUUCACGGGUUCGGCGAAGCUUUAUUCUGAUAAUCUCUUUUCUAUAACUCUAACAGAGUCUCGUUUUCGACUGUGUCAUCGAUCUAAUACACGUGUGAAAGGCAUAUUUAUAUAUAGGAUGGAAAUUAUUCGUUUAAGAUCACUUGACAAAAUUUCCAUCAAUAAAUUUAUAUUAAGAAACGUAUAAGAUACGGGAAAAUCGAUAAAAGAAUCGAUUUAAAAGGAGGAGUUUGUGUCUUGUAUUUCGUCGAGAAAAUGAAUGUAUGUACAUACGUACGUAUGUAUAUAUAUAUAUAUAUAUAUAUACAUAUAUAUACAUGUACGUAUAUACUUACGUACGCAAAAUGAAAAAGAUCCUCGUUGUAGAUAUUUUUGUAGUCGAUCUGAUACGUCCCUGAUCACUUAUCACUCACGUUAUAUAUCGUGUCUUUAACGCGAACGAAAGGAAAGUUGCAAUAAACGAGUGGCAGGGACUUUCAAAUGCAAAUGGAUUUUCGUUGAUACAAAUUUCGCUCUUUUGUCUGUGUGUAAAUAUUGUAUAUAAUAUAUAUAUAUAAAAAAAAAAAAAAACGUUAAAAUAA